AUGGAUAAAGCGCAAGAAGCCGUCCAGGCUGUCGCCGACGGCGUCAAAAAGGUAGCCAUUGGUGAAAAGAAGCAAAAAGUCAAGAAGGACAAAGGAGGGGAUGGCGGGGCAGAUGCUGGACUACUCGAGAUGAAGCCACAACCUCAAUUCCUCGAAGACCGACUGAGGCUCUUUAGCGAAUUGAAAGCCAAGUUCGACGCGAAAAUUGCUGCCAAACCCCGGGAACAAAUCACGAUUACUCUCGCAGAUGGAAGCCAGAAGACUGGUACGUCUUGGGAGACCACACCUGCCGAUAUUGCCAAGGGCAUCUCGAACAGCUUGCUCAAACGCACAGUUGUAGCCAAACUUAAUGGAGAUGAUGAGCAGCUAUGGGAUCUGGAGAGACCGCUGGAGGAGAGCUGUAAGCUGGAGUUACUUUCUUUCGAGGACGAGCUGGGCAAGAAAGUCUUCUGGCAUUCAAGCGCACACAUACUGGGUGAAGCCUCUGAGAGACGCUUCGGCUGCAGCCUGUGCAUCGGCCCGCCAAUUGAGAGUGGUUUUUAUUACGAAAUGUCCCUUCCCGAUGGAGCACCUGUCCAGCAGUCUGAUUGGAAGCCGUUGGAGACCUUGGUGAGCCAGAUCGUCAAGGAGAAGCAGCCAUUCGAGCGGUUGGUUCUUUCGAAGGAAGACCUGCUGGAGAUGUUCUCGUACAACAAGUACAAGCAACAUAUUAUCAAGGACAAGAUCGCAGAUGGAGAGUUCACCACAGUCUAUCGAAAUGGUCCUCUCAUCGAUCUGUGCCGAGGUCCCCACGUACCAAAUACUGGGAGGAUCGAGACGUUCGCGAUCAUGAAGAACUCGGCGUCAUACUUCUUAGGAAACAAAGACAAUGAUUCUCUUCAACGUAUCUAUGGGAUUUCUUUUCCAGACAAGAAGCAAAUGGCGGAUCACAAGAAAUUCUUGGAGGAAGCUGCAAAGCGAGAUCACCGAAAGAUUGGCAAGGACCAAGAACUCUUCUUCUUUCACGAACUGUCUCCUGGAUCAGCAAUGUGGCUACCUCACGGAACCCGAAUUUACAAUACCCUGCAGUCAUUCCUCAGGGAGGAGUACUGGACUCGUGGCUACAACGAAGUCAUCUCUCCUAACAUGUACAACUCGGAGGUGUGGAAGACUUCAGGCCACUGGGACUACUACAAGGACGACAUGUUCACGUUCGAUUCUGAGAAAGACACAUUCGCCUUGAAACCUAUGAACUGUCCUGGCCAUUGUCUGAUGUUUGAUCAUCGCGAAAGAAGCCACCGAGAGUUGCCAUGGAGAGUUGCUGAUUUUGGUGUUCUUCAUCGUAAUGAGGCUUCUGGUGCACUGUCGGGAUUGACAAGGGUUCGGAGAUUCCAGCAAGACGAUGCGCAUAUUUUCUGCCGCGAGGAUCAAAUCGAGGAGGAAAUUCUGCAGUUGUUCGACUUCUUGAACAGGGUGUAUGGUCUCUUUGGCUUCACUUUCAAGAUGAAGCUCUCGACCAGACCAGAAAAAUUCAUGGGUAAGCGAGAGAUAUGGGACAUGGCCGAAGCCAAGCUCCGAUCCGCAUUGGAAGAAUUUACUAAGGGAGCGUGGGAGCUCAACGAAGGCGAUGGUGCUUUCUAUGGACCCAAGAUCGACAUCACCAUCUCCGAUUGCUUGAAACGUGACUGGCAAUGUGCCACUAUUCAACUCGAUUUCCAGCUUCCUCUGAAUUUCGGUCUAGAGUACAUGACAUCCGAGAUGGUCACGAAGCCUAAGGACGAAGGAGAAGCAGUUAAGCCAAAGCUGGAGGAGACAAAGAAGCCUGCAGUCAUUGGACCAGAUGGGAAGAAAGAGCGAGUUUACAAGCCACUCACUCCAGGAUGCGCUCGACCUGUCAUGAUUCAUAGAGCCAUCGCCGGCAGUAUCGAGCGCUUCACUGCUAUAUUGACCGAGCACUUUGGUGGCAAGUGGCCAUUCUGGUUGAGCCCCCGACAAAUUCUGGUGAUUCCCGUUGGUGUUGGUUACUUCGACUAUGCAAAGGAAGUCCAGGGUAUCUUUAAAGCCGAGAAUAUGUUCAUCGACGUGGACCUCAGCGGCAACACAUUGCAGAAGAAGAUUCGUACUGGUCAACUUGCCCAGUACAACUUCAUUUUCGUUGUUGGUGAUCAGGAGAUGACUGGAAGAGAAGUCAAUGUUCGGAAUCGUGAUGAUACGUCUACUCAAGACCGAGGCAAGCCAGUCCCCUUGAAGGAGGCUAUCGCAAAACUCAAGGCGCUACGGGACGAGCGGAGAUCGGACAACCCCUUCCCUGGGGAUGCCAAGGCAGCUGCUCAGAAGGAUGUCAAGGCAUGA